AGUUCCAAAAUGGAGGGAGCUGUUUCAUCAACUGUUUCAUCAACAUCUUUAACAACGGGAACAGAAGACACCAAUGUGCUCCUUAUCACUUUCCGUACCAUCUUCAUUUUCUGCGAUGUGCUCUGCACAGUAUGUGGUAACAUCAUCUCUACCAUCAUCAUCCACAGAGCCAAAGGGUUUUCAGACAGUGUCCAGGUGCUGAUGACUUCCCUCUGCCUGGCUGAUCUCGGAGUUGGCCUGACGCUGAUUUCUUCCCUGGUAUCAUCAGGGGCUGACUGGUGGAUCUUUGGGGACCCUUGGUGCAAAAUCACAGCCGGUCUGCUGGCCGUUUGCCUCAGCAUGUCUGUGUUUUCGUUACUGGGAGUCAGUGUAGACCGCCUCGUUGCCAUACGCUGGCCGCUACGGCACCCAAUGUUGAUCACAAAGCGUAGAGUUCAGAUCGGAUGCGUGGUACUUUGGGUUACCAGCGCAAUCAUCGCUGCAGGAAAUGUUUUGAUGCAUUUCGAGGUUACCGUCUACCUGCAAGUAGCGUCGAUAUGUUACGUCAAUUUCUCACCCGGUGCGGGAGGCAUUGCCAACGAGGUCUUCGUCGCGACAGUUCUCUGCGCGGUUCCUCUUGGCACCAUUGUUCUCAUUUACGCCAAUCUACUGCGCAUCAGUGCUGGACACCAGCGGCGAUUACGUAAUAAUCUGCACUUGCAGCCCACGGAGGCCAGCGUUCACACCAACCAAGAGGCCUCUUUGAACCAGACUACACCCAAACCUACCACCGGGAACAAAGGGAGAGCUGCGUUGAACAGUAAGGCCCUCAUAAUGUUCCUUGUGGUGUCGCUAGGGUUCGCACUGUGCUGGGUGCCUCACUUUGCCAUGAGGCUCUACGGGGCAAUGACAGGAGGUCCCCUCCCUGCUUGGCUCCAACUUUUGUACGUGUGGCUCCCGAUGUCCAACAGUUUCUGGAACGUGAUUAUUUACACCUUGAUGAAUGGCUCUUUCAGAAGAGAGGUGAUCAAGCUACUCAGGUGUGUGAGGUGCUGCUUGAGGCGCAGGAUAGUGCCUCAGACAAAUGAAAGCAUCAGAGGAGAGCACCCGACGAGGUUAGCACUAGCAGGCAGACCUCGUACACAAACCCUUGGUGAAUCCACUGUAAAGUAGGGUACCGGAGUGUCUCUAUGAAUCAGAGGUCAAUGGUGAACCAAUGGUGAAGCAUAUGGUGCCUCAGAAUGAACAAUGCCCAUUGAGGUUUACAUACGGACCUCAUCGUAUCUUGGGAACCCCAAGAGGUGCUCCUCGAAAAAAAAGAAGGAAAUGGAUAUGAUCCACAAGUUGGAGUUGAACAGGACCUGACCCACUUUAUCAAUGGUAAAUCGUCUUGGAGGCAAAAAUAAUAUCAAACAUGGGAGGGAUGCCAAAUUUUAACAAACGCAGUGGAGGAAAUGUUCUCAUGGAUUGCGUACUAAUCUUAUUAUGAUGUAAUUCUAUGAUGUAAACAGUGUAAAAUAAUUCAAACUAAUUAAUAAUUACUCUGGAUAAAUUGAUAAGGACUAAAAUAGAUCAAGGAUUGGAUGAGUCACGUAAUGGAUGCCGCUUUUGGUGCCUCAAUCAAAUUAGUUCGCAGACUACGAAAGACUUGAUUAAAAAUUAGUAGGGAUGAUGUGGGAUACAGAUAUUCGUCCAUAUUUGAGGGCGUCUCAAAUCACAAAUAACGACAAAGCAUGAAUUGCUAAACAAUUAAAAUUGACUGUAGUUAUUUCUUGAUAUUGUGUCUGUUAAGUCAAGGGUGGUGUGCCACUCACCAAAGAACUAAAGUCACUGAAGACAAUUCCAAUAAUAUCGCAUGUGUAGUUGACAUUAUAUUUUAUGCCAAACCGAAACUAUAUUUUGCAAUCACGGGUAAAAUGUCAUAAUUAAUGAGGUCACUUUCUCUUGACAUCGCAGGAAGAUGGAUUUAAAAUAUAGCGCUGUAUAUCAACCUCUUGAAUUGUUUUAGGGAAAUAUGACUUACUUUCUAUCAUUAAAAAUACUAUUACCAGAAUGCUAUGACAGAAAUUAUUCGCCUCUACAAUUCCAAAGGAAUGCAGGUGCGCCCGAGCGAAGCUUUAUGUUUUUAAAAGGUCUAUAGGAUUGAACAAUUACUUCUGAUUCAACAUCUCGUCUGUAGUUUGGAAUAGCCUCAAGGGUUCUCGCAAACAAUCAAAAGUGAACAAAACAGGCCAGCCCACCAUUGAAUAGCUUUCUAAAGAGCAAUUUGGAAACUUGAUUGCAGGUCAGAAACCAACGACAUCUCCUACA